GCAUAUAGCAUGUACGAGACCCAAAAGGAAAAGGACAUUAAGAAACAAGCCAAGAUGAUCGAGAUAGUGCUAACACAGAACAGGAAAGAAAUAGCAGAGUUAAAGCAAGCCCAACCUUGUGAGAACUCUAGAAAGAUUGUGAAGCAUUGUAGGAGAAAAGGCAGUGUCCAUAACAGACUUUUCAUGCUAAGCCAGACAUCUCGGAGAGGAGAAAUAAGUGCUGGAGAUGAGCCGAGUAAAAGUUUCAUUGAGCCUAAGAUAAUCCGUGAAAAGAACUCUAUUUUAGUGACUGAUAGACUUAUGAAUGAUGCCAAGAAGAGACAGAGAAACCGGAAAUCUUUUAAGAAGGAAAUAACCUCAGUUCUGAAGAAGGACUCAAAACCCUCAAAAGCUACCAAAAGUCAAGGUUAUGCCUUCAAAAAGUUCUUGAAAGAGUAUCAGGAUGUGCUGAUUGAGCUUGGGAAAGAGAAAAAUGAUGACUUCAGCUUUGGACAACUUUGCCAAGUUCUUCUCAAGAUGGGCUUCAUUACUUCUAAGGAUGAGAUAGAUAAGGAUGAUGGCAUUGUUGCUGAUGUAUGGGUCAUGAUGGGAGGAGAGACUGAGAAUGUUAUUAAUGAGAACAGUAUCUAUCAUAUCCUUUGCAUUAUUUUAAACUUUGAUAAGCCUUUCUUGUACGCAACCAAAUCUCAAAACAAACACUUGCAAGAUACUCAAGAGUUCCAGAACAUUGACAAAAGUACAGUCGGAAUGAUAAGUGAGGCUGGUGUAUUCUAUCUCAGAAACAAGGGUGAAUUUCCUCGGCUUCAUAGCUAUUUCUAUGAUCUUACUUUCAACAGGAUUAGCCAUAACAACAUACAAUCUAUUGAAAAGAAAUCGAGGAUUAAGGAUAACAAGCUAAAACCCAUGUCUACUUUCCAGCCAAAGAUAAAUUCAGUAUCCGAAUCUAUAGAGCUGAACAAGAAUGAAAAAUUCGGAAAAUUGCCAAGGCAUGAACUCUUGCUUCAUAAGGGCAAAGCUUACAAGCAAGCGAAGGUUUAUAAGGAAAACUUGGAGUUGAGCAAAGAGCUUGAUGGAUGCACAUUUGCCCCAAAUACAGCCAAAGCUAGAUCAAAAAUUUUGAAAAGUAAAACCAAAGCUCGCAAUAGUAUCAGUAUAGAAGAGGCCAAAUCAAACUUUAAAAACUCCUUACUAAGCUUUAACCUCGAAAGAGAGUCUGAUUUUAGCGCUAAAAAACCCUUAAGGACCCACAGGGGUAAUAAAAGGGUCAAACCUAAGAUAAACAAGAUCAUAUUAGACAUAAUCUCUGGCAAGGACCCUAUGGUCCACUCCACAGAUGUCUACCAGCAGUACAAUACCAUUCAGGGAACUUCUACCCACUAGAGCACCCACCGAUCACCCAAUGGAUCCCUUAAGAAUCCUUCCUGCGCUUGAUUAUUGAGAGAUUUGGCCUGAAGUUC